CUUACGUUACAAGGGAGUAAGAGGUAUGGUGAUAAAACCAUGGAUUCAUCAAAACGAGGACCUCCUAAGAAAGGCUUUCCCAGCCGAGGAAGAGCCAAAAGACUGGGAGGGCAUGUAAACAACCUCAGAGAAUCUCCUAGUAAUGCCAAGCAUCCCCAAAGCAAAGGCAGAUUUGUGUCCCAAGUAAAUGGCAGAGGGAAGUCACCUUCAGGUAUAAGAAACCAGGUGUGUGGAAGAGGUGCACUCAGAAAAAGAUUUCUUCCAAGCCUCUGUUUGCCAACUGAUGCAAGCCUGGAGAAAAAUAAAGAAAAUAAACUUUUACCAUCCGAUUUAAUCUCCUUUUUAAAGCUGCAGUCAGAUGAAGUUGUUGUACAGCUGUUGCAGCAUUACUCACUGGUGGAAGACCUCGUCCAAAGCAACACUAAUGAUGUAAUGUUCACUCUGAUGAGUGUUUUGGCACAUGCAGUUAAUGCUCAGUUUUUGAAGGAAAAGCUUUAUGAACUUCUUAAUAAGAUUUUUCAAAUAAGAUUUGUCAACAAGCUUUGUGCAUUUACUAUAACUAUAAAGAAAUUAUAUCCAGAGAGAGCAGAACAGUUUUUUGACAAUUUAGUGCUUGUGCUUGAGGUGUAUUGUCAUGCUAUGAUUUAUUCAGCAACAGAGAAGUUUCCAAGUUUGAUUGAUGCUUGUAUCAGUGUGAUAAUAGCAUUAAAGCCAGGAUCUAAUUGUUUAGAAAGAUAUGAAAAUCUUCAGUGUAUGGUCUCAGAAGCUCUACUCACUUUUAAAAAUGUGAAAUGUGAAAAGCCCAAUUUGUCAAAUGUAGACAAGCAUAUUUCACUGACAGAUUUUUGCCUAAUGUCAGUAUAUCCAACAAAUGAAGAUUUGGGUGGUUAUUAUUAUCCCUUCUUGCAGAGAAAUAUUACAAAAGGAAAAUAUGAAAGUAAUGCACACUACCUGGAUGUCCAGUUCAAAUUAUUAAGGGAGGACUUUAUGAGACCGCUUCGCGACGGUGUCACUGCGUGUAAGAUUGAUUCACAAUCAAGGAACAUGGAUGUAUAUGUAUAUAGAAAUGCAAAAAUACUGAAGCCAGAAAUAUUGAAAAGAGAGUUAAUUCACUAUGUUCAACUCGAACUCCCCAGAAUGUUUAAUGUUGCUACUUCCAAGCGUUUUAUGUUUGGGAAUUUACUAUGCUUUAGUUGUAACAACUUUGAAUCAGUGAUCAUAGCCACAGUUUUUGAUGUUAAUCCUGAUAAACUGACACAAGGGAUACUUGCUGUAAAAUUUGAAUCCAAUGUAAAUCUUGAUUAUUCACAAGAAUAUAUUGUACUUGAGUCUAGAGCUUUUUUUGUUGCUUACAAACAUGUCCUCACUGCACUUAAAAACAUGUCUGGAAAAGAAUUGCCAUUUGCACCUUACAUUGUGUAUGUUCAAUCUGAUGUUAACCAUCCACAGUAUCUAACAGAUGAAGACAAGUAUGACUUAAGAGUGUUAAGAGAUAAUGAGUUGAUGAACACUUCUGAUACCAUGCUGAGAAAAACUAAUUUGAACAUAGAAAUUCAAAGAUUUCCAAAGUUGUACAGAGGCAGGUCAAGUUUAUUUGCUAAGGAAUCAUAUGUGAUGCCACCUGAUUACAAGUGGUCUCACCUUCAAGCAAUAGAAGUUAUGCAAGACUUAGAGUUAUGGCCCAGUGAAUCAGAACUUGGCAUGGAUAACUCACAGCGCAAGGCACUGAGAAAUGCUCUCACCCGUGAGCUAGUUAUAAUUCAAGGUCCUCCAGGUACUGGGAAAACUUUUAUUGGCCUCAAAAUAGCUCAGAUACUUCUUCAUAAUCAUUUGUAUCCUCCAGGACCAAUACUGGUAGUUUGUUUCACUAACCAUGCACUGGAUCAGUUCCUAGAAGGUGUAUUGUCAUUCACACGUAACAUUGUCAGGGUAGGAUCAAGAAGUAAUAAUGAAAAAAUUCAAGAGUUUCAAAUAAACAAACUUGCUAGAUUUCGAAAAUACCAAAGAAAUAUUCCUUUUUUACAAAAACUUAACAACUUGCAGUUUGAAGUGGAUGAACUUGAAUAUAUGAUACGCUCUUUGAAGGUAUCCAUUAAAGAAUGCAUUGAGCGUAAGGGGAUCUUGAAGUUGCAAGAAUUAAUAGCAUAUGGAAUUAUUCCACAUCAUCUACAGAUUCAGUUGCAAUACUAUUGCCAUGGACUUAGCGGAUGGCUUUUGACUGAACAGGAUUAUUCUUUUAUAUACCAAGAUUAUGAAGAGAAUGAGAAAUCCAUUGAGUCUGAUGAAGAGUUUUUUGAUGCUGUCACAGAAGUUUCUGAACAUGCUUCUGAGGAAAAAGAAAUAUUUAAGGAUGUUCAAGAACUAUAUAAUUUUGAAGAGCAAUCCAGAAAAAUUGAAACCUACAAUGAUAUUCAUGAAGGUCAAAUUCAAGGUCAGAGUUUCCUCAGCUAUGAGUUAACCAAACUAGAACUUUCUAAUAAAAUUAAAGUCCUUGAAAAGGUAAUAGCAGAUAAUCCAGAAGAUAUUUUUUCUGUUGUAAAUUAUUACAUUAUGAAAAAUAAUUUACUUAAACUGCAAAGAGGAUUAGCUGUGGAAAAUGUACCUAAAGAAAUAGCUGCCAUAGGGAAUAUGAACGUGAAUCUGUAUGAACUUGACUCUCUCACACGCUGGCAGCUCUACAGACUGUGGCUCAACAUUCUAGUACAAAUACUGAAAGGCAGACUGUCACAGGCAGAAAAUGAAUUUAAACUGAAAUCUCAAGUGCUGAAAAAAGUCAUGGACCAAGAGUAUUUACAUGUUAUGAAGGAAUCCUCUGUAGUGGGCAUGACCACCACUGGAGCAGCACAGUACCACAAUGUUAUGCAACAACUUGCACCACCUGUCGUAAUUAUUGAAGAAGCUGCUGAAGUGCUGGAGGCUCAUGUUAUUACAUCGCUCUCGGUUAACUGCAAACAUUUAAUUAUGAUUGGUGAUCAUCAACAGCUUCGUCCUAGCACAACAGUGUAUGAGUUGGCUACAAAAUAUGGUUUGGAUGUGUCACUGUUUGAGAGGAUGCUUAAUAAUGGUAUACCGUAUGAUACGCUGGAGUAUCAGCAUCGAAUGCGACCAAGCAUCUCUCGUUUACUAGUACCAUCCAUAUACCCUGAGUUGAAGGACCAUCCAUCUGUACAUAAUUUUCCACACAUUAAUGGUGUCUCAAGUGAUGUCUUCUUUGUCACUCAUGAAAUUCCUGAAGAUAAGGGAUAUAGUGAGAAUAGUAGCCACAAACAUACACAUGAAGCCAAAUUUAUAAUGGGACUUUGCCAGCACUUACUAAGACAAGGAUAUGCUCCACAAGAUGUGACAAUCCUCACACCAUACACUGGACAGUUUCUUCUGUUACGGAAGCUCCAGAGGGAUAAAACAAGUUGCCAAGGUGUGAGAAUUUCUGUUGUGGAUAAUUUUCAAGGUGAAGAAAACAAAAUCAUUCUGUUAACGCUGGUGCGCAGUAAUGAUGAAGGCAAAAUAGGAUUUCUGAGAAUUGAUAACCGUGUGUGUGUGGCACUGUCACGUGCUAAAUAUGGUUUCUAUAUUAUAGGUAAUAUGAAUCAGCUAUGUGCCUCUAGUAAUCUAUGGAAGCAGGUUAAGGCUGACCUUGUAAAAGAAGACUCACUGAGCCAUGCACUUACUCUGAAAUGCAAAAAUCAUCCUCAUAAUGUAAUCAAAGUUUCAUCUCAAGAAGAUUUUGCUGAAAAGAGUCCAGAGGGAGGUUGUUGGGAAGAUUGCCUAGCAGUUCUCCCUAACUGUGAGCACAGAUGCCCAAGACGCUGUCAUUCAGAUGAUGCUGACCACACACUUCAUAAAUGUAAUUUAAAAUGUUCUCGGGUGUGUGAAAGGAAUCAUGGUUGCCAUCUUCGGUGCUGGGAAAAAUGUCUGAAAUGCACUGUUAUUGUGACUAUGUUAUUACCCUGUAGUCACAGUCACAAACUUAAGUGCCACAUUUCACCGCUUACAUAUGUGUGUGAUUCUAGAGUGGAAAAGGAGAAGCCUGGCUGUGGACACAAGAUUAUUAUACCAUGUCAUAAAGAUCCUAAGAGUGCACAGUGCACAGUAAACUGCAACACUAAGUUAACAUGUGGCCAUGAAUGUAGACUUAUCUGUCACAUCAACAAUGAUCCAAAUCAUGUUCGAUAUAAAUGUAACUAUAAUGUGAGAAAAGUUUGGUUUGUGGACACCCAUGUCCAAAAAUGUGUUCAAAUCAAUGUGGAGGAUGUGACAAGCAGUGUGAGAAAACAUUGCCAUGUAAUCACCCGUGCCCACAGAAAUGUUCUGAUACGUGUGGUGGAUGUAACCAGGCAUGUGAGAAGAUGUUACUCUGUGGCCAUCCAUGUCCUCGGAAUUGUACAGAGGAAUGUGGCGGGUGUAAAAAUAAGUGUGAAAAGCUCCUGCCAUGUGGCCAUCAGUGUCCUCUGAAAUGUUCUGAGAAGUGUGGUAAAUGUGACAACAAAUGUGAGAAGAACCUGACAUGUGGCCAUCCAUGUUCACUGAAAUGUUUUGAGGAAUGUGGCAAAUGUAAUGAGAAGUGUGAGAAGAUUCUUACAUGUGGCCAUCCUUGUC